GUUAACUCCAACUCUUCUAUCUCAUCGUAAACAAUAUAAUUGAACAAUCACAGUUAAUCAGCUGGCAAACAAUAUGGCGUUUACGAUGCAUUCCCAUUCCGGGCAGUUUUGCCCGGGGCACGCGACAGGUCAGCUGGAAGCGGUGGUCCAGCAAGCUAUAGCGCUGAGCAUGCGCCUUAUAUCAGUUACUGAGCAUAUGCCUCGCACUCAUGACCAGGAUUUAUAUCCCGAAGAACUUGAAGCUGGGGACACUUCAGCGAUGCUGCUUCCAAGGCACGAAGAAUUUCUUACUGAGGGUAUUCGUCUGCGAGACAAGUAUGAGGGACAAAUCCAAAUCCUUAUUGGCUUUGAGGGGGAAUGGAUACGCCCAACCUACGGACCUAUCAUCAGGGGUCUUGCCAAGGACCCUAGAGUAGAUUUCUACGUCGGCUCUGUGCACCACGUCCACGGGAUUCCAAUCGACUUCGACCGGGCAAUGUAUGAGGACGCUCGGAAAGUAGGGGGUGGGGGUGACCAAAAGCUGUUUGAAGACUACUUCGAUGCUAUGCUUGCUAUGCUGCAAGAUUUGCGACCACGCGUUAUUGCGCACUUCGAUUUGAUCCGGUUGUUUAGCGACGCACCAAACCAGGACUUGAAGACCUGGAAUAGUGUGUGGGCGAGGAUUGUGCAAUGCCUGAAGUUAAUUGUCUACCAAGGUGGUUUACUAGAGGUGAACAGCAGUGCACUCCGGAAAGGUUUGCACGAGCCGUAUCCAAGUCGGAGUAUUUGCGAGGAAUUUUUGAGCCUUGGUGGCAAGUUUACCUUGUCUGAUGACAGCCACGCUGUUGCCCAGGUAGGGCUAAACUAUAUAAAAGUACAAAAGUUCCUUCAGGAUGUGGGCGUCGAGACUCUGUGGUAUCUUGAAAGACUCUCGGAGGAGGCGGCGAAAACAUGCGUGGUCGGGUCGCUUCGCAUUAAGAGUGUACUGUUAACUGAACUUGACAUGAGGGCUUAUCCAACCUCAACCCCAGAUGUAAGAUAAAAGGAUGACGGGCUUACUGUAUAGUUAAAAAACGGGCGCCUUCAAAAAAAUACAUGAU